CUCUACAUGCCUUCUUCCUCUGUUUCUAGUUUUAUGGAUGCUUUUCCCCGCCUCAUUGGGUACGACGUAACUUAUACUUUAGAAAAACCAGAUCUCAAAUAUAGUGUUUUCCCUUGUGUUGCUUAUCUCGAUUAUCGUAUUUUUCACACCUCUCAUGCUUUCUUAGUGAAUGUCUAUCAUAAAUCCACUGAAUCCAUGCGUUUGACCCAUUAUACUUCUCAUACUUCUAUUAAGGUUAAGCAAUCUGUACUCUCUACUCAUUUGCGCCAUGUAUUUUAUCGCACUAGCAAUACUAUCCUCGCAGAAGAUCUGGCUGACUGUCUUGUUCGGUUCUAUACCAACGGUUAUCCUCAGUAUCUUGUCCAGUCUGAACUGGA